AUGAAGAGACCCGAGGAAGACCUUGAUGAAUCAAAAACAAGAAUCGAUAUAUUGGACGAAAAUAUUCAAUCUCAAAAAAUUCGAAAUCAAACCGGCGUUUCCGAAAGAUCUUUUCUCGAAGCUCCAAAUUCGAAAGAGAAUGAAAAGUUUUCACUGCACGGCUGUGGAUAUGCCGCGAAUGACUGCGUCAUCAUUUGUCCAUGCAAUUCAGAAGAUGAGUGUCCUGAUGCCGCAAAAUGUCGAAAUAAUUUUACGGGUACCGAUACAAGGAAGAAAUUAACAACAACGGAAGAACCAACGAAAACAACGUUUACCACCACAACAACUGUCGAAGACACUACACCAGAAAAGAUCCAGGAAGCCGUUGUUGAUGAAGCCGGAGAGGAAGGACCAGGAGAAGAAGAACAAAUGUUGGGAAACUACAACAACAACAAUUAUAAGAACCAGUACCUAGGGGAGCUGGUGGUCACGCCCAAGCCGACUCAAGCCCAAACUCUUGGCAAGCCUCCAAUUUGCUUCGACUACGAUCCUGAAACCCUUGACGAUCUUGUUCUGCCCUUCGAUCCAAGCGGACUGUCCUUUGUCGCCAAAAUGUUCGAAAAUGAAAAGGGACGUAAAUUCCUCAAAUCGGUUAAUAUCCGCUCUCCUGAGGGAGAAUCGAUCAACGUCAGCACUGAAAAUGGUCUUGAAACCGAAGUUGAAGACAUGAAAGAGUCUGGAGAAGGAUUCGAAACUGGUUGCGUGAAAGUUUUAGUACUUACUAUUGAAUCGGAACACGAAAGGAUCCACGGAAGGACCCAUGCCCUGACAAUCGCGAUGCACAAGGAAGAUGCUGUGAUGAACCUGAAGCAACCUGUCUGCUCUGCGAAUUCAACCUGCUACGAUGAUUGUUGCUCAGCAUUCGACAAGAAGGUCGAGGACUGUCCUUGCAACGCAAACUGCGAUACUGGAUGUGCUCCUAAGACCUCUUGCACGGGAUCCUACCAAUGCGACUUUACGCUCACAAAGGAAAACGUCAGAGUUUACAUCUGCUUCGGAUCGUACAACAAAGACUUUAACUACCGUAACACAAGAUAUCAAGACCACCAAGCUGGUAACGAAUGCCAAAUUUUUGAUGGCGACUCAGAUUAA